AUGCAUGUUCAAAUAUCGAUAUCUGAAUUAUUAUCAACCAUAAACAACAAUGAUGCACCCAAUGAAAAUAAUGAAAAUAAUGAAAAUAUAAACACUAGCCCAUUGACUAUAAUGACUCCUUUAGGAAGAACAAUUGUAGAAAUCCAAGGGGAUUUAGAGAUAUCGACAAAUAUGGAAGUUUUACAAGAUCAAGAGAUAAGAUUUGGUUUAUUAGAUAUAGAAGAGAAUAUAAAAGAUCCAGUAUUAUCUAGAGUUACUCUAUAUGUGGGUCAAAAACAACGUAUUUUAGGCAAAAUUGUAUCUUUAGAGACACCUCUAGGCUUGUUGAAAUUUGAUAAGAUAAAUAAUAACGUCAUUUUAGAAGAUGUCAUACAAUACAAAAUAUUGUUUCAAGAUAGACCAUUACCAAUCAUGUAA